CGAGGUCAGAAAUGUUCGUACUCUCUAUUAAAUCCUAUCAUGAGGAAUGACGUAACACGAAUAUAUAUCAUCCAGUUAAUUGCGUAGGUAUCCCUUAAUUUGGUAUAUCUCACUGAAUUAUACUUGACGACCAUGGUAGACAACCAGUAAGAAGGAUACGUCGCGAUAAUUCAUAUAUUAAAAGGAACACUGUACUCCAACAAACAAUAUAUAUAUAUAUAUAUACGUUUACAUAUAUUUGCUGACUGCAGAAAAUUCAAGGAGAGUAAAAGGAUAUGGAAAAUGUGGAAAAUCUACAAAGAUAAGAAUUCAUUCGAAUGAUCAAUAGGAACAAUGAAAGCGAUCGUUUCUAUGCAAAUGAAUCGUAUAUCGAUAGAUCGACAAAUGUUACGAUAAUAUGGCAACGACGUUCGUCAUUUCGAUGACCUCGCUGUCUUGAAUCAAUUGCUUUGAAAAUAGUACUAACUGAGAGGAAGAUCUCAUCUUAUACAUAUAUAUAUAUAUAUAUAUAUAUAUAUAUAUAUAUAUAUAUAAAUGUACAUGUACACACACACAUACAGAGAGACGUAUAUGUAAGACGAAGAUUUGUUCGGUUGACGCUGCAUAUCUUACAACAUAUCUACAAUCAAGACAAAUAGAGUAACCAUUAAUCAGAGACGGAGGUCAGAAGCGAAGAGGACUUAAGUUAUUAGAUCGAACAUGUAUAUGACGGCUCUAUGGAUCGCUUUUAUUUUUGCUCAGUCGAGCAGAUUGCUCGUCGAGGGCAUCAGAUCGCACUAUGUCGAUUCAACGCAAAUCGCGGAGAUCAACGAAAUGGGCGAUAACCCUGCGGAUAAUAGAGAACCGACGUGCAAAGAAUUACGCACGAUGUGGAGGUAUACCAAACGCCAAAGUAGAGCCAUCCAAAUUAUGCAUAAACUUCCAUUCGCACAAGACUUCUUCGCGUAUAAUCCGUGGAAGAAUUAUCAGCCUCCUCCUCAACCCCCUCUUGACUAUCGAGAUUAUACCGAUCGACCUCGUACUCGUGCUGCUGGUAGUUCACCACCUAUUUAUGGAAGAAUAGUACAUAAAGCACCGCCAGGAAGUAGACUGCGAAGCAGCCAACAAAUGCCACACCAACCUAAGGCCUUUGAAGAUGUUGCAUAUUUGUAUGGGACAAUAAAUUUUCAUCCACCCUCUUCCCGACGUCGACAAUCGAGUUUUCGUAUUGGUGGUGGUGCCUCCCCGCCUAUAUCUCAAGUUCCGCAAGCUGGUAAAUUUCAACAUUUACGAGACCUAAUUCGUGGGGAGAGGGCUCGUGAAUUGAAGAAACAACAUGAAUCUGAUAGAAUCGCAGCUGCGAAAGCGGCGACAAUCAAGGAUUAUUCUAACGGUGAUCAAGAUGAUUAUCAAAAUGUACCACGGCCGCGGAAAUACUUUGGAAACUCAUUAGAUGGAUAUCAGCAAUUUAGAAAUCCAAAGGCUGAUAUCAACCGGGCUUGGUCGCGUGGCGAUCAUUAUUUGCCAGAAUAUAUGCUGCGUUAAUGAAGCAUUUUCAAGAUCAAGGAAAUAGCCGACGAAAAAACUGCCGUACGUUUCAAUAUCAUCACUCGUACUAUUCUUGGCAGUAUUAUAGCCCAAUUGUUUGAUUUUGUCAAAGUUGGAUGAAUUCCAAGAUCUUAAAAAAUAUUUUCGAAAUCACGAAGAAAGUGUAUAUGUAUAUGUGUAUGUGUGUAUGUGUAUGUAUGCAUGCUUGCAUGUAUGUGUGUAUAUUAUAUAUAACACUCUCAAAAUAUUUCAGUUCCUAAUCUAUGCAUAUACACACACGUAUAUAUGCACGCACGCACGCACGCGCACGCACACACGUACACAUUCACACUUACACGUACAUAAAUGCGUACAGCACACAACACAUACACAUACAUAUACACGAAUACGUUU